AGUUGUUAUGGGAAACUCGUGCAAACAACUUGUGGAUUCAUGAUUCCAUUCUGCAACCAACGAAGGACGAGUAGAUAUUCCUGGUAAAGAGGCACCAAGUUAAACACCAGUAAAACCGAAUAAGAGGAAGAGACUCAAGCUUCAGAUCAAGAGCCAGAGCAACAUGCCUGAAUCAUAUGGUGCAGCUGAAGCUGUGGAGGACCACAUCAGGACUUUCGUUCUCUCCAAAAGCGUCCGAGUUGCAGAGUUCUUCAAAGAUUUUGACAGCUUGAGAUCUGGCUUUGUAACACGGGGUCAAUUCCGAAGAUGUCUUGACCAAGGAUUCAACCUAGACCUACAAGAAGAUGUUCAGGCAGCGCUCAUUGCUAAAUAUGAAACAAGAAAGGAUGGCGCUGAUCUGGUCAACUAUCAGAGAUUUGCAGAUGUCAUUGAGAGAACAUUUCAACCAGAUAAACUCCAGGAAAGACCAGAGACACAGAUUAUCCAGGCACCAGAAAUUCUUGGAACAUCCCGAACGAUCAGACCUCUCAGCCCUGCUUCACAGAGCCGCAUCACGGGCAUGAUCCAACAUAUCGCUCCAUAUUACAAGUACCAUGAGAUAACCAUUCGCAGCUCCUAUGAAGACUUUGACAAGCACAACAAAGGCAUCAUCACAGAACCUCAGUUCUUUCGUAGCUUUCCCUACCCUCCUGGUAUAAAUGAAGAAGACGUGAAGCUCCUGGCCAAACGCUAUCGUGACCCGAGCAAAGAAGGCAUCUGUAACUAUCUCAACUUUCACAACGAUGUAGAGAAGGCAAAAGAGGGAAUGGUGGAGAAGCUCUUUGAGGGCAAACCUCCUGCAACAUACAACAUUCCUAAAGAGAUUGAAGCUGAUGGUGAACUAAACCAAAUCUUCUCCAAGAUCCAAGUAGCCAUCCAUAGGUUUGGCAUCCGUACCCCAGAGUUCUUCCGUGACCAUGACAAGCUCCGCAGCUACAUCAUUACUGAGAACCAGUUCAAGUGUGGUCUGUUGCUGUGUGUAGGUAACAAGGUCAGCUUGACCAGGGAUGAGGUCCAGAAGCUCGUGGAUUACUACAAGAGGCCAGAUGGAAGGGUGCAUUACAAGGAGUUCUGUGAUCUCAUGGAAAAUGCUUUUAAUGACCCAAACCUUGAGAAGAAGCCUACGACUGAGGUUUAUCGUCCCCGGCGAGGAGAGCUCUCUAGAACCCUGAACACGCUAAGUUCACCCAAUGAAGAGGAUAGGUUGAGCAUCAUCUUGGAUAGGCUGUCUACCGACGUCAAGAAGAGGAGGCUCAUGAUGAUACAGUACUUCCAAGAUUACGACAGGAGCAAAGCCUACACCCGUAACAUGACCAAGAUCCAGUUUGGAAGGAUGCUUCACUUCUUGACUCUCAAUGUCGGCAAGGAAGAUUUUGAGAUUCUUUGCAGGAAGUUUGAAGAUCCAUCUACUAAGGAUACCAUCAACUACCCAGCAUUUGUGCAAGCAGUUGAUAAAGAAUACAUUGGGUUUACAACUGAUAAGAGUGGUGAUAAGGCUAAGAAAAGACCCAGAACACCAACUGCUGACAAACCGAUUGAUUCCAGUAAAGUGAAUGUGGCUGAGCUGGUGGCUCGCAUCAGGCAUCAUAUACUCACAAGCAGAAUACGAGUUUGUGAAUACUUCCAUGACUUUGAUCCACUGAGGGAGAGGUCCAUCCCACGUAGCAAGUUCCGCAUGGGUCUAAGUGCAAUGGGACUGAGUGCUCUAGGUCAGUUCAACAUGACCGAGGCUCAGUUCAAAGCACUCAGUGAAACCUAUGCAGACCCAGCCAACUCAGAUGCUGUUCUCUGGCAGAACUUUGAGAAGGAUAUUGAGACAGUUUUCACUCAAGUGGUUCCCAACCUAGAAAAGACCCCCACCAACUCUGUCGUUGCUACGGAACAGUUCUUAUUGGACAAACCAGGCACAAUCGACUGGAGCACUGCACCUAGUGAGGUCUGCAUGACUGUUGACGAGGCUAUGAACCGCAUGAGGGAACGCGUGGAGCAACGUCGCGUCCUGCUCAAGCCUUGCUUCGAGGACUUUGACAAUCACAACAUGGGGAUCGUCACCAAGAGCCAGUUCCGCCAAUGUCUCUUCUACCUUGGUCUGAAUGCUUCGGAAGAAGAGAUGCUGAUGCUGGAAGCCAAGUACACCAAUGUGAUGGGAUUCAACUAUAUCAAGUUCCUGGAAGAUCUGCAGCCCAAGGCCCAGCAAGAACUGAAGUAUGUCCAACGUCUGAAGGAGCUUGAUCUGGUGAAUAACAGGAAGGUGUCUCUGGAGAAGAACCCACUCAAGGAUGCAGACAGUGUCAUGGAGAAGGUCAAAACAAAGGUUAUAAAGGAGAGGAUGAGGGUACAUGAGUUCAUGCGUAAUUAUGACAAGCUUCGUACUGGCCGUAUGCUGAAGGAAAACUUCAGACGAGCUUUGGACAAUGCAGGCCUUGGUCUCCAACCGUCAGAAGUAGAAAUCCUCAUAAAUGCAUUUGAAUCUCCCAGAGAUGCCAGUUUUGUGGAGUAUCUUGCGUUUAGUGAUCACGUAGAGAGCAUCUUCACAUUGAAGAACCUUGAGAAGGAUCCUCUGAUCACCCCAGAGCAGUUCAAGCCAGCGGUCCAGGUGGAGAAGAACAUCCUGACUGGAGCCGAAGAGAAUAUCCUCAAGAACACUGUCGAGAAACUCGCUCAAAAGGUCAAUAAGGGCCGUGUUCAACUCUACCCUCUGUUUGAGGACUACGACCGGGUCCACAACGGCACAGUCUCAAGGUCUCAGUUCCGCCGUGUCCUCAGUGAACUCGAGCUUGCACCCCUGGUCAAUGAAGUCGAACUCGACGUCCUUUGGAAGAAAUUUGAGAUCACAAUUGGCGGGAAGUUUGAUGUGGACUAUUGUUCCUUCUGUGAUUUGAUCUACAAGAAAGCAAAGAUUGAACUCUUCAGGCCAUGAAAAAAUAUCUGUUUAACAAACAUAAUAAACUAUUCAACAUUGCAAUUUAUUCAGCUGUAUGUGAAGGAAACAGCAUGCUCAUGAAAUAGUCGACCUAGUCGCUGGAUACAAAUAUUUGCUUUAAACAGGAGCAUGGAAGAAACACAUCUGCAUUACAGUACAAUAGGGCCAUAAAUGAUUUGUGAGCAGGAUGUUAAGAACUUACACAUAUAAAAGUUUGGUUUCAAGUCAAAUAUGUAAAUGAGGCUAAAUUAAAGAGCGGAUAGAUUAAAUUGGUGAAAAAAUAAGAACAGGUAAAGCAAGAUUACCAAAGAUUUGUUGUUGAUGGCAAGAUGAGAAAAGUUUGUCAAAUUGUAGACAAUGAAAAUAUCAUCCAGUUUGUGAUUGUGUCUUUUAAAGAGCAGAGAAUUUAAAUAUUUUGGAUAUCUUUAAAUUGAUAAGACUCUAAAAAGUAUUGCUUAUCUAUAAGUAUCAAAGUCAAACGUGAAAAGAUGAAUUCCUCAUUGUGUAGUGUCACUUAUAUGUUGAACAUAUGAAGCAUAUAUUGGGAUAGAUACAUAUUGAAUAAAUUGAAGUAUAGAUACAGGCAAACACUGGCUUUCAUAUGGGUGUUCAUAAUGUACCUUUUCCAUUUCCAUGAUGUAGGCUUGGCACGAGUUACAUUUACCUAUAUGUGUCAUCUUUGCCUCGAUCACUGAAGAUUAUUGAUAUUGUGUAUAAAUUAUGAGUAAGAAAUGUUGGUCAGAACAAUUCAGAAUAUUGCAAGGAGUCGAGUUAAGCCUUCUAUCAUGUACAAUAGAAGGUGCUUCACACAAAAAACUUUGGUAGAAUUUGUAUUGUAAUGAGAAGAUGAGAAAAUGUUAUAUAACAAUUACAAGAGUAAAUAAACUUCAAGGCUAUCCGUUAUGAAGCGACCAGUCUAAAAUCAUAUUGGCGAUCGGAAGUCUCUAUUCUGAUGCUCUGCAAUUAUCUUGAGCAGACAUCCAUUCCUAAGGCAUUGACAAUGACCAAGUUCCAAUGUACGAGGGUAUACCCUUGUACAUUGGAACUUGGUCCUUCAAUGCUGAGUUUGAUUCACCUGUACAGAGAAUAUUUAUGUAUAUAAUAACAAAUGUAAAUAAAAUGAUAACUUUGUGCAUGUUGAAAUGCAUAAAGAGAUUGAAUGAAAAUCAUUUUCCUUUCUUCAAAUGAAACCAUUACUCUGGUAAUCUAUCUAUCUUUGAAUAAGUUGCAUUAUUAUGUAUUGAUAUGCGUCAGCAGCUUAUAGCCUUUUUAUCAUAUAGGAUUUACUAUGCAGAAUAAAUCACCUUGUUAAUGCAUGAUGGUAUGAUUAUAUAACACAGUUGCAAAUAUUUAUGGCUGCUUUUUUGUGUGUGGUAAAAUUGAGGUCAGGGUAUUUAUACCUCUAUAAUUUAUAAUUUACAUUAGAUUUUAUGUGAGGAUUUUUGAAUGACCAGAUAGGUUAUCAUUUGACUCGAGUUGCUGAUACUCAAUGUGUUACAAACAUUUUUAAUGAAAGACACAUCAUUUGAUAAAGAGAUGAAUCUGGUCAUGAGAAAAUAUUUUCUCUCCUUCUUUUGUUUGUUUAAUUGUAGUAAAAAGGAUAUAAAAUAAAUUUUGAAUGAUUUUUGUUUAAGAAAGAAAUUAAAUAAUUAUUAUAUUUUCAAUUUCUUAUAUUGUUUCUUAGGACCAUCAAUUUGUAAUAUACAUGUAUAACAGUGUUUUGUUUUUAUCAUACAGCAUGGCACACUAUAUUUAAUGAGUCGACUGUAUGUUCCACCUUGACAUGAUUAGUGCCUUUGUCAGCUGCACACAUGUGUUUUAUAGGUCUAUGCAAAGUUUCCUUUGAAGUAUUCAAUAGAAUCACCAAAAUUUGUAUGCAGCUUUUAUGUACUCUGCCAUAGAAGCACGAUGAAUUGAAUAUAUGAAUAUGUUUUUCAAUUAUAUACCAUAUGCAACUAUUUCAUUCCAAUUGAUAAAUAAAUGUUUUUCUGUGGUGCAUAUUGAAA